UUCUCCGGCCGCCGGCGGAACCCUGCCAUGGAUUCUCGCGCGGCUGCGCCGGGCUCCGUGAGCGGAGAAGGAAACAUCGGCCAGCUGCGCACGAGUGUGACCUGGUCCCCAGAGGCUCCGCUCGCCACUGCUCCUGCCUGCGGCGCCUCGCCCCGCCCCGCUCUCCUCAUUGGCUCUCAUGGGUCACGUGCAGAGGGUUCCCGGAACGCGCCGACUCGCGCCGGUGUCGCAUGGACGUCCUGGUGCCGGGCUUCUGGCGACGGCGGAAGCAGCAGGAGCCCCCAGCUCCGGGGGAGGCGAAACGGACAUGCAGGCGGCCGGAAGCCUGUGUGCCCGAGCGUGGCUACCUCCAGGUGGGCGCAUUGCGCAGCCCCGCGGACCCUGUGGACACUCCCGCGCCCGCCCCCGCAGCGGGCCCCCCGAGCGGCGGCAGGAGCUGCGUCCAGCUUUGCCGGAGAUGUAUCGCUGGGGAGUCGGGCCAUCUGACGCACACCCAGAAGCCCUGAAGACACUGCCCGCUGGGAAAGGGUACUUCCUGUGCUUAGAGCGUGUCCGACGGCGAGGGCAGCCCUCUGACCCCGUCCUCUGACCCCUGCCCUCUGACCCCGCCUCACAGUGGAGCUUCUGGGUGGCUGUGCUCCUGGGAGCUGCCUGCAUCUGUCCUCUCUGGGAAGGAGACCAAGUGCUUUAGUUACAGGUUAAAAAAACCCUGUUUGGCUGAUCUAGUGGCUCCUGGACGUGCCCACAGGUGCCCUGCUUGGAUGCUUUUCACUGGUGGAUGUGUCCAGGACUGCUGGCAUCCUAUUUUUAAUUAAAGGAAUUAUUUUUCUAUUUUAAA